AAUACGGGAGCACAACGCCUCCCCGUCUCUCCUCCGAUUUGCUUCUCCCACCUUCCCACCCUCUCCCCCUCCCCCUCCCCCUCUCUCUCCGUCGAUCGAACGACCAACCCUAGCCCGGAGCGCCGUCAUGGCGGGCUCGAUCUGGGUCUCCAUGGAGGUCGGCGCCGACGGCGUCGCGCUCGUCACCAUCUGCAACCCGCCCGUCAAUGCGCUGCAUCCCAUCAUCAUCAAGGGCUUGAAGGAGAAGUACGCGGAGGCGAUGGAUCGCGACGACGUCAAGGCAAUCGUGCUCACCGGUGCCGGAGGCAAAUUUUGUGGAGGCUUUGAUAUCAAUGUUUUCACAGAAGUUCACAAGACUGGAAACGUGUCUCUUAUGCCUGAUGUAUCUGUUGAGCUUGUGUCAAAUUUGAUGGAAGGGGGCAAGAAGCCUUCUGUUGCUGCCAUUCAAGGCCUUGCUCUUGGUGGUGGUCUGGAGUUGACCAUGGGUUGCCAUGCUCGGAUAUCUACCCCAGAAGCUCAACUUGGACUACCAGAGUUGACUCUGGGCAUAAUUCCUGGAUUUGGAGGAACCCAGCGUCUGCCGAGGCUUGUAGGUCUUCCCAAAGCAAUAGAAAUGAUGCUGCAAUCAAAGUUCAUUACAGCAAAGGAAGGGAAAGAACGUGGUCUUGUUGAUGCGCUAUGCUCCCCUGAUGAUUUGAUAAAGGUGUCACGCCUUUGGGCUCUGGAGAUCGCCAACUACCGUAAACCUUGGAUAAGAUCUCUUGCCAGAACAGACAGGCUUGGUUCAUUGUCUGAAGCUUGUUCUGUAUUAACUGUCGCAAGACAGCAAGCGCAGAAAGUUGCAGCAAACUUGCCACAGCACCAGGCCUGCCUAGAUGUUAUGGAAGAAGGUGUACGUUUUGGAGGCCAUGCUGGUGUUAUGAAGGAGGCCAAGGUUUUCAAGGAGCUGGUGAUAUCACCGACAUCAAAGGCGCUUGUCCAUGCCUUCUUUGCCCAACGUUUAACCACAAAGGUGCCAGGUGUCACUGAUGUUCAAUUGAAACCUAGGAAAAUAAGAAAAGUUGCCGUUAUUGGUGGUGGUUUGAUGGGCUCUGGAAUAGCAACAGCUCUUCUUGUUAGCAAUACAUCUGUUGUGCUCAAGGAAGUAAAUCCUCAAUUCCUGCAAAGGGGACAGAAAAUGAUAGCAGCUAAUCUUGAGGGUCUAGUCAAGAGGGGCUCAUUGACAAAGGAGAAGAUGAACAAGGCCAUGUCACUUCUCAAGGGUGCGUUGGACUAUUCAGAUUUCAAGGAUGUUGAUAUGGUUAUCGAGGCUGUCAUAGAGAAAGUUCCUUUGAAGCAAUCAAUAUUUUCUGACAUUGAGAAGGUCUGCCCACCGCACUGCAUACUUGCAACAAACACAUCUACCAUUGAUUUGAAUGUUGUGGGCGAGAAGACAAAUUCUCAAGACAGAAUUAUAGGGGCACAUUUUUUCAGCCCUGCUCAUAUAAUGCCUUUGCUUGAAAUUGUCCGGACGGAGAAGACAUCACCACAAGCUAUCCUUGAUCUCAUCACAGUUGGAAAAAUGAUAAAGAAAGUCCCUGUUGUGGUUGGGAACUGCACAGGCUUCGCAGUCAAUCGUACAUUUUUCCCGUACACACAGAGUUCUCAUCUUCUAGUUAGUAUAGGCAUCGAUGUUUUCAGAAUUGAUCGAGUAAUAAGCAGCUUUGGCAUGCCAAUGGGACCUUUUCAACUACAAGAUCUGGCUGGAUAUGGAGUGGCAUUGGCAGUAAGGCAUAUCUAUUCAGCUGCCUUUGGAACAAGGAAUUUCGAUUCCAAUCUGGUGGAUUUGAUGGUAAAGAAUGGACGGCAGGGAAAGAGCAAUGGCAAAGGUUAUUACAUUUAUGAGAAGGGUGGGAAGCCAAAGCCUGACCCAAGUGUUCAGGUUGUAAUUGAAGAGUACAGAAGACACGUGAAGACAAUUCCUGGUGGACAGCCUGUUACUCUAUCCGAUCAGGAAAUACUGGAGAUGAUUUUCUUCCCAGUUGUUAACGAGGCAUGUAGAGUCAUGGAUGAAAAUGUUGUGAUCCGAGCUUCUGAUCUUGAUAUUGCAUCUAUUCUUGGGAUGGGCUUUCCCAAGUUCAGGGGUGGCCUUGUAUUUUGGGCUGAUACUAUUGGAGCACCUUAUAUAUAUUCAAAGCUUAGCAAGUGGGCUGAAAUUUAUGGCGACUUCUUCAAGCCAUCAUCCUAUUUGGAAGAAAGGGCUAAAAGAAACCUAUCAUUGAGCGCACCAAAGGCAACCCAGCAGGCUUCGUCGAGGUCACGCAUGUGAGGCGAUGUUCAGCUGAUGGCAGAAUAAUUGCUUGAUGUGCACCGGCACCCUAGCUGACCCUCACACCUGUGACCUGAAAAAGGAGGUCAGAGCAGUGCCCGCCCUGUAAUAUCUUUUUUGAUAUUUUGGCCUUUCCCGUUUUUCUUAGCUGGGCUGCUAUGUUGAUGGGAUUAAUAAAUGUUGGCUCCGGAUGCCUCAAAACUGUAACUAUAGACGAUAGCCUUUGCUCCAGUAUGACAUUGUAUAUGGUACUGUGAUUCUUUUUAACUGGUAGCGAAAAUAAUAUGUGCAUGCUCUCCGAAUAGCCA